AUGGUGGGCGCAGCGUUGGGCGCCGUCCAUGCCGUGGGCGCGCUGCUGACCAGCCGCACGUUUUUCCAGCCGGACGAGUACUGGCAGUCGCUUGAAAUAGCUCAUCGCAUCGUGUUUGGAUACGGCUACCGCACAUGGGAGUGGACGACCGACCCGCCUCUUCGCAGCAUCGUGCACCCGGCGCUGUUUGUCCCGCUGUACAAGCUCCUUGAUAUCACGGGCACCAGUGCCUAUGCACUAGCGACAGCACCCGCUAUGCAGCAGGCGCUCGUGUCUGCCCUCGGCGACUGGUUCGCAUACCGCCUGAUCGCGCGCACCGCUGGUCGCUCAGUCGCGCUCGUGUGGUGCGUCUUGCACUUGGGCUCUGUCUACUGGCUUUACACGGCCUCGCGGCCCUUUUCCAAUACGAUGGAGGCCGCGCUGUGCUGUAUCGCGCUAUACUAUUGGCCUUUGUCGCGCGCGUGCGUCCUGCAUGUGUCACGCACUCGUCACACGUAUCGCAUAGCGCUCCUGGCUGCCUGGGCCGCCGUGCUCGUCCGCCCUACGAGUGUCAUUCUGUGGUCGUUUCUCGGCCUGCAGGUCCUGUAUGAUGCAUGGAAUACAGCAUGCUGCGGGCGACUACUGUUCGAGGCCGUAUGGAUCGGCGCGGCCGUUCUUGCGGUCGGCGCCGGUCUCGAUACCCUGUAUUAUGGCACAUGGACAUGGACGCCGCUGGCGUUCGUGCAUACGAAUCUUGUGCGAGGCCUGUCGUCGUUCUAUGGCAUGAAUGCAUGGCACUGGUACGUGUCCGUCGGCCUGCCAUCGAUCCUCACCGUGUAUACGCCCUAUGCAUUUCUGGGAUGGUGGCGCCACGGAACCCGCCACCCCGCCUUGCGCCGUCUCUUUGGCGCCUGCGUAGGAACGAUCUGUGUGUAUUCGUGCCUACAGCACAAGGAAGUGCGCUUUCUGCAGCCCCUCGUACCGUGGCUGCACUUGGCUGCAGCUCUGGCGCUCCGCUCGGCGUCCAGCCGACCUAUUGUCUCCCUGCGCCAUGCGUAUGCCGCUUUGCCGCGCUGGACGCGGAUCUGGCUCCUUAUCCAGGUGCCGGUGCUCGUGUACGUGUGUGCCUUUCAUGCGCGUGCACAAGUGCAAGUGGUGUCGUACCUCCAUACCCUCAGCCGCAGCACGUCGCCGCCCCACAGUGUCGGGUUUCUGAUGCCGUGUCAUUCGACGCCGUGGCAAAGUCAUAUGCAUACACCGCAUUUCGAGGCCGCAGGCGAUAGCGGCGAUACAGGCCUUGCAUGGUUCCUCGCAUGUCCACCACCGCCGGCCACUGCCGCUGCCCCGUACUGGGACCAGUCCGACUACUUCUUCCACGAUCCUGUGACCUAUCUUCGCACGCGAUUUCCUCCGACAGUCGACCCAACAUUUCCGCCCAUGUCACGGACCUCUUUUGCCUCCAGAGUCGGGCACGAUCUCGGGUGGCGGCAUCCGUGGCCUUCGCACUUGGUUGUGUUUUCCUCUCUCCUGGCGAAUACUUCGGUCAGCGAUCUUUUCUAUGCACAAGGGUAUCGACCUACGAAACGAUUUUGGAACUCCCUCUUUCAUCCAGAUACGCACCGACGGGGCGAUGUCGUUGUGCUGACGCACUACUCCGCGGACGCCUUGGGAUCACGAGACGUGAAUGCCGCGUGA